AUGGAUUUAACAGUAAGCGACAUAUUAGUGGAGCGUUGGACAAACUUUGCUAAAACAGGGGUACCGGAAACUGAAUUUUCACAAAUAGUUUGGAAACCAUUUAAUAUUGAAACGUCAAGUUAUUUGAGAAUUCUUGAUGACGAAGAAACAAAUGAAGACCAAGGAGGAAGUCUUGAGGUGGAUUUAGAAGAUCCACAUCCUGAGACACUGAUAUUUUGGGAUCAAAUUUACAAUGAAUACUUUGUAGAUGCUAAAGGGAGGUGGACUAUUGAAGAAAGGGUAGAAGACGAUGAUGAUGAAGGUACUGUUGAUGAGGGUAAUAGCGAGGAUGGUGGGGAGGGUAAUGAGGACAAUAAUGAAGAUAAUAACGAAGAUAAUAACGAAGAUAAUAAUGAACCUGAAGAAGCAGAUGACAAUGAGGGCGGAGAAGGGCCAAUUUUACUGAACGUGUCCACACUAAUCCAGCGGCCGCGCAUAAGGCACGAAGCGCCCGUGCCGCAGCCGCCUCUUGCGGGCCAUGUGGCCCCACAUCCUGCCUCCCCUCGCACCUUGUUCAGGAGUGCAUUAAAACGCAAUAAGUUAGGCGCGGGCGGCGGCGCGGGCGCAGGUGUCGCGCCGGAUGCGGCUGAAACGGCGGGGAAGAGGAAGAAGGGGGGGGGGGGGAGGAAGGGCGUG